UCAUCAGUUUCACUUCAAGUGUUUUAAGAAGAACAAUAACUGCUAACUAUCAGCCAAUAAAUCUAUAUAUUGUACCUCGAAUUCGAAUCAACAUGAACUUCAACAAAGUCUUCAUCUUCUUGGCUGUGAUGUUGGCCAUUUUCGCCGGCCAAACAGAGGCCGGUUGGCUCAAGAAGAUCGGCAAGAAAGUUGAGCGUGUUGGCCAGCAUACCAGAGAUGCCGCCGUUCAGGGAAUUGCUGUGGCGCAACAGGCCGCCAAUGUCGCUGCUACUGCGCGAGGAUAAUUAUUAUUAGUUGCCGAAAAUAUAUAUUAUAAUAACAGUUUAUACAGUUAUAAGCUCAUUUUGAGCUAAAAUUUUAUGGCAUGAAUUUAAAUUUUUUUUUAUUUAUUUUUGAAAAAAAAAAUUAUAUUAUUAAGUUGAGGAAGAAAUUUCGAAUAAAAAUACUUAAAAAAAUAUUA